AAUUUUAAUUUUAAUUAUAUUGUUAAUUAAUUUCAGAUUUAAAACAUUAUAACGUCAAGUAGAGAGUGCAUUCUAUGUAGAAGUUAUAUAUCUAUGGACAAAAGUCUCGAAUAUAAAUAUUUGAUACAUAAACCUGUAUGUAUUAGCAGGAAGAAUUGAUAAAAAUGUUAUCAGCAAUUGUAAAAGAACAUCAGAGCAAGCAAGUAUUGAGAAAAGAAAGACAAGAACAAAAACGAAAAGAAGCAGUUCAGGCUGCAAGCAAUUUGACGCAAGCUCUUGUUGAUCACUUGAAUGUUGGAGUGGCCCAAGCAUAUUUAAAUCAAAAGAAAUUAGAUGCAGAAGCAAAGCAGCUGCAACACAGUGCAACCAAUUUUGCCAAACAAACACAAUUAUGGUUGAAUUUAGUAGAAUCCUUUUCGAGCUCUCUAAAGGAGAUUGGAGAUGCGGAAAAUUGGGCACGCAGUAUAGAAGGUGAUAUGAGAACUAUAGCCACUGCCUUGGAAUAUUCGUACAAAGCCACACAAGAGAAUCAAAGUGUUGGUAAUGUUUAAAAACAUUAAGUUGAUGUUUUUUUAUUAUAUAAGAAUUUUAAACAUCAAAGAAAAAACCACCAUGUAUACAUAACCAUAGAAGUAAAGUUAAAUGUUUUGUUUUAAUUAAAAGAUUUAUUGUAUUGAAUAAUGUAGAAUACAUUACUCUUCAGUUUCUUAAAAAAUAUUUUGAAAUAUAAAUUAUUCAGUAAAAAGAUA